AUGGCGGACACGGCGGCGCAGAACGGCGUGGGCCACCGCAAGCGGCGUGAGGCGCUACCCCAGGGCGCGUCUGCCGCCAAGAAGAUCAAGCUGGAGGACCCCGAGCCGCCCGAGGCGAACCCCAACACGAUCGAGGCCGUGAGGGAGAAGAACAAGGCGCUGGAGAUCGACAUGAAGGAGAAGAACCGGCGCAUCGCCUACCUGACCAAGAAAUGCGAGGCGCUGUACCGCUCCAGGGGCGUCACGGGCGCGUCCUUCCGCUGUCUGCGGAGGCAGUGGCUCCAGCUGCAGGACGAGCUGCUGGCCGCUACAAAGACUGUGGAUCCCUCCGCUGUCUCAGACGAGGCGUCCACGGAGGCCUGGCAGGCGGCUCUUGACGCCGUGGACGGCUUCGGACAGGUUCGUGUACGCGCGGAGGAGCUCAAGUUGAAUCUGCCCGAGUGGUUUAUCACUGUGGCGAAGGAUGCAGAGGAAGAGGAACCCGACGCCGACGUGUCGCUGCCAUCCGAUGACGACGCCGAUGACAGGGCGUUUAUUAAGACGGAGGACUUGUCCCAAGAUGGAGCAGGACUUGUUGCUGACAAGGCGAAGACUAUUGAGUACGCGCACAUUCUUCAAGAAAAACGAGCUGCAGUUGCGGAGACACUCAGCUUGAAGGAACAGCUGCAGUCGUGCAAAACUCGGAUAUCUGAGCUGGAGAGGGAUGUAGAAUACAAGGAAACAGAGCGCCAUCGCGCUUGUCGAGACUAUGACCGCUUAAGUGCCUAUGUGAAGCAACGGAGUGGUGUAAAUACGGAUGGCGCUGAAGCGGAUGGUAUUAAAGCUGAGCAAGUCAAAGAUAAAGACAACUCUCGUGAAAAGGCUGCGCCGGAGUCGUCGAGUGCUGUGACGGUGAAGCAGGAGGAAUUGGUGAAGAAAGAGAAGGAGCACGCUAAGAUUGUUGGAUCUUUCCAGGAGAACAUGCGCGUGUUGAGUGUCAAAUUGCACCAAGAGCGCCAGAAAAUUGACUCCAUGCGGCGCGAAUUGGAGAAAUACAAGGCGUUGGAAGUGGCGUGGAAAAAUGAUGAAGCUGCGCUGAUUCAAGACAACGAAGAAAAAAUUAAACAACUCCGGGAUGAGAAGGCACAUGGCGACGAGGAGUACAAGAAACUUCUACACAAGGCAAAGGACCUCGAGCACCACAUGACCGAGAAAUGGGAGAAGAAGAUUACCAAGAUUCAGUCUGAAAUGAGCAGGACCAAAUCGCAGAUGGACGAGUUGAACUUGAAGAACGUGUCACUCCGCGAAAAGAUCUCAAACGCAUCGUCCUACCGAGAUCAGCUAACUGAAGCUAAGUCAGAGCUGGAGUCAGCAAAGCGGGAAAACACCAACCUGAAGGCCCAACUUGAGCGCGAGAAGAGUCGAGCAGAUCGAGCACAGGCGUCUGCAGAUAAUCACGAGAUCCAGACACUGACCGAAAAGGUAACUUUGCUGGAAAAGGAAAAGCUCGAGUUGCAACAGAAGUAUGACGCGCUGAAGCAAGCAGAAAUGAAAGAUGCUGGUGAAAAGCUAUCAGAUGCCCUAAAAAGCUUAUCAGAUGUGGAGACUAAACUGGAAAAAGAAAGGAAAGAGCUCGCCGAAUGCAGAACUGACCGAGAGAAGCUACGCUCUAAAAUCGAGGAUAUGAAGGCUGCCAGCGAGGCCUCGCGAGAAGAGAACGAUGCCUUACUGCUGGAGAUUGACACCAUGUAUAAAGAGGUGGAUUCGAUGCGUCAUAGCCGGAAGAAAUAUAUCCAACAGAUCGACGAGAAGCGGAGUGCCAACAAGAAAUUGCACACGCUCCUUGCCAGGGAGGAGCAGGCGAAGGCACACUGCUUUGAAGAGCUGGCUGCAGUCCGACUACAGGUUUCUUCUCUGAGUACAGUGCACAAGCACCAAAAAGCGUUCAUCGAGUCGUCGAAGGAAUCUUUGCAAGCUAAGGAAAUCGAGCUGGAGAAGAUGAAGGAAUACGUCAAGACCAUUGAGGCAGAGCGCGAAGCUUCAGACGCUGAAAAGCGCAAGCUGCUACGCGAUGCAGAGGUAGCCAAGAAGAUCUGUGCGACUGCGGAGAAGUCGCAGCGCGAGCAGCAGUUGCUGCAGGAGAAGCCCAAGCCGUGCUUGAAGUGCGAGACGUACCGCAAGAAGGUCGAGGACGUUGAACGCCAGCUGCAGCACGCCAAGUCGGCGUCCUCCACGGGCGAGCUCACCGACCUCGAGCGCUUCGAGCUGCGCGACUUGCAGAAGCUCGUCAACUGCUCGGUGUGCCAGGACCGACGCAAGGACGUGAUUAUCUCCAAGUGCUUCCACAUGUUCUGCAAGGAGUGCAUCGAGAACAAUCUCAAGUCACGCAACCGCAAGUGCCCCACGUGCAAAAAGAUGUUCGGCCACGACGACGUCAAGAGCGUCUGGUUCACGUAG